CUGCGGAGCGCUGUCAGGCGCCGUAAAACGUAAACAAAAAGCACGUUGUACUCCGUUCGCUCACACACGCGUUGCUCCGGACGGCGAAUAAAGUGUUCCGAAAUGGCCAAACUGCUCGCCUAUUACAAUCUUUGUCCGAUAAACAACAUCGACGACUUUCUGGGACUGUCGCGCGAUGUCGAUCCGGGCUGCGUGAUAAACACGCUGGGCCGCAACAUCAUACUGGUGGUCAAGCUAAGUAAUCAACGACAAAUCCGCAGCUGGACCGUGCUGGAUCGGCUCAGCAGCAAGGUGGUGUACGAUUUCCGCUCCGAGCGAUACGUCGGUGUGUUUGGGGGCCGCUACAUACGGUGCUGGAAGCGGGACCAGCACGACAUGAACACGGUGAAGAAGAUCAAGCUGUACCGCACCGUGCACGAUCUGUUCUGCCUCGAGAGCGGUCAAACGUUGCUGCUCUACACGGACGGUAGCUGUGAAUCGCUCGAAAGUGCGUUGAAAACGAGAAACAAAUCGCAGCAGGAUGAGGCCGGCAAUGUAGCUGUGCCCUUCGUUGACCCGAAAACGCACACGAUACGGGACGUGAAGGUGCUUCUGCUGGACAACGGGACACCACUGUUGACGUACUUCCUGCGCAAGGAGGAGGACGGUUCGAUGGAGCUGCACUACGCGCUGCUCAAUCCGGUCGACCUGAAGGUGCACAAAACAAUCGAAAAAAUAGCGGUGCAGCGCAUCGGGGACGAGAUCCGGUUGGUGAGCGCCUGCGUGGUGGACGGGAGCGAUGGACCAUCGUUGCUGAGCAUCUGGUCCGACAGUCGCAUAUUUAACCUUCAGCUUUCCCUCGGCCAGUCGCCGAAGCGCGAGGAAGGGGUGGGCAACUUUAUCGAAAUGGUGCACCACCUGAACGUAAAGCAGCCGCUCUCGAUGGCCAGCAUCGGCAAGGACUAUGUCGCGUUCUACGCGAACAACAAAAACCAGGACGGCGCGACGCUCGUCCUGUUCAACGUGCAGUUCAAGGUGUUCCAGGCGAAGCAGUACUUCAAGGUGUACUUUGUGUCGUCCCGCAUCUGGGUGGUGGAGAGCAACAUACUGCUAGCGUUCGGGCAGAUGUUGGCGGUGGUGCCGUUUAAAAUCAGCAAGGAGCAGCUGUCGGACAUGAUCGGCAGUCAGCGCACCUUCGACCUGUCGCACACGAUCGACGACGAAAGCAUUAACGAGGAGUGCGAACUGCUGGAUGUGUACGCGUUUGACGAAAUGCUGUCAAAGCUGCCCAAGCGAAGGGAACUCGAAGCGAAUGGUGGAGAUGCAACGGUCGCGAACGGUUCGGGCGAAGCGCCGCCAGCAGACCGGCCCGCCUACAAGUGGGUGUACAGCGAGGCCGAGUUUGAGGAGGAAUUGCGGGCGGCCUAUCGGGAAUCGCUGCCGGUGGAUGUGAUCGAAAGCUCCCUCCUGCCGAAGGAUACGGUACAGAUAAAGCUUUUCAACAAUGCGGACGUAUCGCUCGGGCCGUUGAUUUUGAGCGAAAAGUUUGAAAUCAUGCUCGAGGAGCUGGAACGUUGUGGAUACUCGGAGGUGGAAAUCUGCGACCGCGUCGUGCCGUGGCUGAUGCAAGCGAACCUGCCCGAAGAUCUCGCCAAGUGUUUAAAGCGCUACUCGGUCGUAUCGGAACGGACGCUCAUAAAGGCGCUCAAGUAUGCCCUCUCGCUGCCUGCAACGAACGAGGAGGAGGAGGAGGAAGAGGAGCAAGAGAUGGAAGUUGGGACAACACCGAAGGCCAACAAAGUCAAGCCGCCCAAAAAGGAUGAGCCCGAGCUGCCCGAUCAGCACAUUAUGGUGGAGGCGCAGGCAAACCAUCCCUGUCGUCGCGAUCUGCUCAACAUUGUCCUGUCCUGCAGCUUCAACCGCAAACCGCUGAUUGCGUACGCACGGAAGGAGUUGGAUUUUCGCACCGUCCGGGAGCUGUUGCAGCAUCUCGAGCAUUUGCUUACCGAUCCGAUGGCCAUGCUGAGCGAAACGCUACACAACGCGGAUACCUUCGACAGUGACGAGCAGACGGUACAGUGGAUGAUGGUGCUGCUCGAUUCACACUACCAGCAGUUUAUUCUUUCGACCGAGGAGCCGAUACGGGAGCAGCUGCAGCGCCUCCUGACCAUUGUCGAGCGGCACGUUGGGCUGUUGGGCGAGCUGCAAAAGCUGUCCCCUUCGUUGCGCCGUAUGCUGGAGCAAAAGGCACAGAAAUCGGGACGGGAUGCUAACCAGUGGUACUGCGUGGAGACGAUUACGUUAUAUUAGCGGCAGGCUUGGGCCAACGAGAAGGUGUUUCAAUAGCAUUAAGAUAAUAAAAGUGUACCGAAUGUCCCCCA